CUGGUGACGUAGAUCUCAUGUGACCAGGAGUCGACGUGUGCAGAAGUCCUGCUAGUCUAGUCCUUGUUCCCGUCUGGGUACCAGCUUCCUUUAGCAGGGCAGGCGGCCGCCCCGGAGAAGAGUGGAAGGACAAGGAGUCAACUGGCGGAAAUUCUGCAGGUUUGUGUUCUUCGCGCAAUCCAAGGCUAGAAGAAAAAAGGAAGACACUGACGGGAUCAGUACCAGAAGUAAUUGCAUUCAAAGGGGAAUAGCAGAAAAAAAGAAAAGGAGGGAAGGAACGGAGGCAGACAGACACAAGAUGAAACCCUGUCAAAAAAUUGAAGAAAAACCAGAAAAUGAGAGUGAACCAAAGCUCGAGGAAGAGCCAAAGCCUGAGGAAAAGCCAGAGGAGGAGGAAGAGCCAGAGGAGGAAGAAAAAGCAGAAGGAAGUUUUAGAGAAAGGCUGAUCCAGUCUCUCCAGGAAUUUAAAGAAGAUAUACACAACAGGCAUUUAAGCAAUGAAGAUAUGUUUAGAGAAGUGGAUGAAAUAGAUGAGAUAAGGAGAGUAAGAAACAAACUUAUAGUGAUACGUUGGAAGGUUAAUCGAAACCAUCCUUACCCCUAUUUAAUGUAGUUUUCCUUGAUCUUUAUUUGAUAUUAACAAUACCAUGUAGGUUUCUUUUUAUUAGCAUUUUCCUGAUAUGCCUUUGUCCAUCUUUCUACUUUUAAUCUGUUGCUGUUAGUGGUUUUAGAUGUAUCUCUUGUUAUCUGCAUCUCAUUGUUUAUUGUAUUUUGAACCAAUCUUCAAGACUCUGUCUUUUAAUAAAAGAGCUUUACUCAUUUGUAAAGAAGAGGUUCCUGAUAGGAUAUAAAAUGAAAAAGGUUACUAAGUAAUAUGUGAAUAUCAUAUUUUUGAAAAGUAGAAGUACAUUUGUAUAUUACAUAUAUACAUUUAAAACCUUGUUUAGGAUGAAAGAUAAAAAGUACAGUCUUGGUGGUGGGAUUAUGAAUGAUUUUUCUUCUUUUGCUUAUUUGUAUUUUCCACAUCUUUAAAAUGAGCACACAAUUAUCAUUGCUAAAAAUAAUAAAAGUUUUAUAACAAAAAAGGAGCAAC